AUGGCAGUUGCCUCGCUGGAGAAUGUCCGACCAAUGCAUGGAGUGGACCUGAAACGGCGUUCUUCCGAUGUUGCCCCAGCGGCUCACGUUGUACCGACAAACAUACAGGCGAACCCACCACGAUGCGCGGACGAAACCUGGGAUCUUUACGAAAAUGCCGAUGGUGGAUUUUUCUGCUGUGAGCAGGAUGCAGUCGGGUUUAACAGGACUAAUUAUGGGGUUGGGUGUGCGGGACCGGGGCAUGCUUCGCUUUCACACACGACAACGCUGCCGAUAUUGUCACCUGCUGCGAGCCCACAAUCCAGCAGCUCCUCAAUACCGACCAGCUCCACAAUAACGACCACCUCAGAAUUGAGCAGCUCUGCAACAGCAAGCAGCUCCCCGACAUCGAGCAGCUCCGCGACACCGAGUACCUCUCCAACAUCGAGUAGCGAUUCUGGUCCAAAUACUGGCGCUAUUGCCGGUGGCGUGGUGGGUGGUGUUGCUGGGUUAGCAAUUAUUCUUGCUUUGCUUUGGUAUUUCAUGCGUCGUCGCUCACAGAAGCAAGCGCCUCAUCAGCAGACAGCCCUCACUGAAGCUGCCAUGAGACAACACAACCCCACUGUCCAUUCCUCGUCAAACCCGAGCGAGUUAGACAACGCUCCUGUCAAACCAAGAGAGUUGGAAGGAGCUCCUGUGUCAGAGCUACCUACCAAAGAUAACAAUCCUCCUAUCCACGAGUUGCCGGAUAAUGAAAGCACUAAAUGA